CGUUUUAUAGGUGGAAUGUUGUUAAGAAGUUGUUGUAGCAACUGCAAGAAAUAGCCCCGUUGCCAUUUUUGUCGUUUUAAGAUCAAUGCACCUUUAACUACUGAGAGGUGGAAUAACAUUUUUAAGACUUUCUAGCAACUAACAAAACGAGAAAUUAACACAAUUUACCACCAAAGAUAAAGUGGAAAGGCCUAAAAAUGGACAAGGCGCUGGAAAGACAAUAUAUUGAAGAUCACUGUUUACUCAUUGAUUGCCUUCCCUUUACUUGGUUGGUGAAAACAGAAGGUCCACAUUUUUGUCUUGAUAUAAAGAAGUCCAGACUGAAGAAAAUAAAAUACAAUUUUGUUUUUGGCUCAGAACCCAGAGACAAGUUUCCAGUAACAAGAUACCCAGAAAGAAUUCUUAAGGUUGAUAUAUCCUUAAAUGAGCUGGCAGAGCUGGAAGAUGAAAGCCUGUAUCCUUUUAAAAAUAUCUGUGAACUAGAUGCAUCCCUAAAUGCUUUAAAAAGUAUGCCAGAUGUCAGUAUUUUUCCACAGCUUAAAGUUUUAAAGCUGAGCUACAAUGUUAUCAAUAGCGUGAGAUGGCUCCAGCACUGCAAGACGCUCAUGAUCCUAAACGUAUCACACAAUGAAAUACGAAUAAUAAGAAGCAUGCCUGUUCUAAGUAAUUUGGUCGAGCUACAUUUAGACUCUAACAAGCUGGAAUCUUUAGAUGGAAUCCAAAACCUUUCCAAUCUGAAAGAACUUUAUGUUCAAAACAAUCGAAUUAGAAGUUUGCUCCCUUUAUCUUGCUCUCUUCAUUUGUGCCAUGCAGAUUUGUCAAAUAAUGAAAUUUAUUCAGUGCAAGAGACCUUUCAGAUACUGAAGGUCUUGUUCAGACUUAAACAACUGAAACUAAAAUCACCAAGUAUAAAAGUAGAAAGAAAAUCCAACAGAAAGAUUCACAUAAUCCUAUGUAUUAUUCCUGAAGCCCAUCCCCAGCUGAACUGUACAUAUGCAAAAACUUAA